UCAAUCUCUAGUCUGCCCCCUUUUUCCCUUGUGCUCUCUAGUUCUCCCUCUUUCUCUCUCCCCUUCUCUCGUUCUUCCUCUCCCGUUCUCUCCAUACCUCUCGGUCUUCCUCACCCACGCCCUUAAACCCUCUCCCGUUUUCAGCUUAUGCGAUAAAAACCCUGAGAGUUUUACAAAAUCAACCCACACGAAAGAAACGCUUUCCAAAUUACUAUAUCGUUUAGGAUUUUCUAAAUAGCCUCUUUUUAAAACUUACGGGCGCAAUACUGGAGUUUCCCUCCUCCUUUCUCGUUUACCACCUUUCCCGGUUUGUCUAUUUGGUGCCUGGAAGAGCGAAAAUGUGGAGGGGAUGGGCUCGAGUCCUCCCUUCAGACCGCAGGACCGGGAGAUGGCGACUCUAUGCCGUUGCGGGCGCAUCGGCCGGUGGAGUCAUCGUCCUCGCCAAAUCCAACCCUCUACAAUCAUAUUUAGGCGAAUCUGUCUUCGCGUCUGCCUGUGCCGGCAGGGUCAUGGCCGGCUGCAGUGGCAUCCUCCGUUCUUCUCGUGCGAUCUUUACCUUUGCUUGCAACGUCAUCGAUUAUAAGUACUCACUGCAGGGAGUGCAGGUCGGCUCAGAACAAUAUCGCCGGCAACUAUCAGCAGUUCAUCUUCGAUCAGCCAGGAGAAUUUUGAAACUCUGUGAAACCAACAAAGGGUUCUACAUAAAAGCUGGUCAAUUUGUUGGGUCCUUGAGACAUGUACCAAAAGAAUACUCAUCAGUGCUAUCUUGUCUGCAAGACCAGGCAGUUCCAUGUAACUUUGAAGUAAUAAGAGAAGCCCUGACUCGAAAUUUUGGUGUGAACCUGUCUGACAUAUUCUUGGUCUUUGAUGAACAGCCUAUUGCUGCAGCAUCGAUUGCUCAAGUGCAUCAUGCAAUAUUAAAAAACCUCCAAGAAGUAGCAGUUAAGGUGCAAUAUCCUGGUUUAGAGGAAAGGAUGAUGACAGAUAUUGCAACAAUGAGUGUUCUCUCAAAAUCCUUGUCUUGGCUUUUUCCUGAGUAUCAGUUUGAGUGGAUUGUACCAGAAUUUGAGAAGUCAAUUUCUGCAGAACUUGACUUUCUUCAAGAGGCAAAAAAUUCUGAGAGAACUUCCAAAAAUUUAAAGAAGCACAAGAUGAUCAUAGUUCCUCAAGUGUACUGGGAUUUGACAACAAAGAGUGUUCUCACUAUGCAGUUCUUUUAUGGGCACAAGGUUGAUGACAUUCAAUUCUUGAAGGAAAUGGGAUUAAAGCCGAAAAAGGUUGCCCAAGCUUUGAUGGAAGCAUUUGCAGAGAUGAUAUUUGUUCAUGGUUUUGUGCAUGGGGAUCCACACCCCGGAAAUAUUUUGGUGUCUCCAGAAGGCAGUGAAGGUUUUACUAUAGUGCUUCUGGACCACGGUAUCUACAGAGAGUUGGAUGACAGGUUUAGGUUAGACUAUUGUCAUCUCUGGAAGGCUAUGAUUCUUCUGGAUGUUGAUGAAAUCUUGCACUUAGGUGAAAAACUUGGCGUCGGAAAAUAUGCCAAGUAUUUCCCUGUUAUUUUCACUGGAAGGACUAUUAACAGUAAAUCCAUCCUUGGAAGGAGCAUGUCAGCUGAAGAGAAACAGAACCUAAAGAAGGAACUAAGUUCUCUGAAAAUGGGUGAUUAUACGUCAUUCAUGGAAUCCUUACCACGUGAUUUUCUGACAAUAUUGCGCACAGAUGGGUUGUUAAGGUCAAUCAUCAGCCAGUUGGGCACAUCACAGCGUGUCCGACUGUUAGCAUAUGCUAAGUACUCCAUACAUGGUGCUGCAACAAAACUUGGUCCAGAAACUAAUCAUGCUAGGAAUAUUAUUUACAGAUUCAGAGCUAGCAUAAAUUAUAUUUAUCUGAGAAUAGUUAUUGAGGCCUUGGAGUUGUAUUCACAAAUUGAUGACAUCGGGAAAUCACUAUCAAAGAGGAUACAUAACUUGCUAUGGUUGGUCAUGGAUUUUCUUGGGGAAAGACUGUUUCCCUUCAAGCUGUCAAUCUCUUCAUAAGACAUGUUACCCUAGUUGAUUAAAGAGCAGUACCUAAUCAGCUGAUUUAGGGACGCAAUGCAUCCACUGCCAAAUUCUGGUACCAUUUUGCCAAUGCUGCUGAGGAUCAGAAAUAUCGAGUGGAGCAGUCUUCAUGCGGAAUCAGAAAUAUCGAGUGGGGCAGUCUUCAUGCAGAAUAAAACAGACACGUAAUAUCUUUGCUGUUCCUUUGUUGCACCUGUUACAGUGUUUCUUUUUAAAGGCCUGUCAAUCCGUUAGUGUGUUUGGCUGUUGCAUUGUAUCCUUAAAUAAGUAGGUUCAAAGUGAAUUCACUCAAGGGACAAGUGUCCUGAAGGAACUUUAAUUGGUCAGAUGCCAGCCGAUCGCGGUCAGUGAAGUGAUGAGGUCCCCUCAGAAACACCCCCAAGGACUAGACCGUUUUAACGGUAGGGGUAGGGUCCCAUCUUAAUGGGCCUGCCCCCUUAGUGGCGACCUGUCGGGGGAGUCCUGACCCUGCCUUACAAUGGCAAUCCCUCGGGGGAAUCCAGACCACUGCGCAACUACCAUGAAACUGAUGCUGGCCAAUGGGCUGAAUCUGAUUUUCGUGCUUUUGUCUCUUUUUUUUUUAUUAUACUGAAUUUGAUUGUAAACUGACUUAUGCUGUGUUUAGUUAAAAAAAGCUUUUAUAUUUGCA